AUUACUUUGUCAGGAGAUCUCCAUUGCAUGCAUCCAAUCUGAGUAUCCUGAGACAAAAAAGGUAAUGAUGAGAAUGGCAUACAGGAACAUGAUAUACAAAAUUCGAUGGCUCUUGGUAGCUCAGUUUCUACUACUAGUCCCUUUAACCACAAGUAAAGUUCCAGCCAUCAUAGCGUUUGGAGACUCUUACUCGGAUGCCGGAAACAACAACGCCAUUCCCACUCUUCUCAAGAGCAAUUUCAAGCCUUAUGGACGUCAUUUUCCCGGCGGCCACCCCACGGGACGGUUCUGCGACGGCCGCCUUCCUCCAGACUUCAUUUCUGAGGCUUUUGGGCUCAAACCGACAAUACCCGCCUACUUGGAUCCUGCCUACACUAUACCAGAUUUUGCCACCGGAGUUUGCUUUGCUUCUUCUGGAACAGGCUAUGACAAUGCAACUUCUGAUGUGUUUAAUGUGAUACCAAUGUGGAAGGAAUUGGAAUACUACAAGGAUUACCAAAACAAAUUGAGAGCUUACCUUGGGAAUGAAAAGGCUAAUGAAAUUUUGAGUGAGGCCUUAUAUUUGCUGAGCUUAGGAACAAACGACUUCCUAAUAAACUACUACAUAUUCCCAACCCGGCGGUCUCAAUUCACCAUCCAAGAGUAUGAGGAUUUUCUGGUUGGCCUUUCUGGAAAUUUCAUUAGAGACCUUUAUAACCUUGGAGCUCGGAAAAUAUCCCUCACUGGAGUUCCUCCUUUGGGGUGUUUGCCACUGGAGAGACUCACAAAUAUACUGCAACAUCAUGACUGCAAUGAGAAAUACAACAAUGUGGCUUUGGAAUUUAAUGGCAAGUUGACGAAUUUGGUGAGAAGGUUGAAUAAGGAGCUUCGUGGGAUCACCAUAGUGUUUGCAGAUUCAUAUCACAGUAUAGAUCAAAUGAUUACAAGACCUUCUUUAUAUGGAUUUGAGGAAGUAGGAGUGGCAUGUUGUUCAACGGGCACAUUCGAGAUCAGUUACCUCUGCAGUGAGCACAAUCCAUUGACAUGCUCGGAUGCGAAUAAGUAUGUCUUUUGGGAUGCCUUCCACCCUACAGAGAAAACAAAUCGCAUAGUGGUGGAUCACUAUAUAGAUAGUCUUCUAGUAAGCUUUCGUUGAUUAAUUCCAUCAAAACUAAAAUAAAUAAAUCUAUUCAUUUCUUCUGGAUUUCAUGAUAUUAAAUGUUAAUUAGUUUCUUCUUUGGAGUAAUUGAUUAUAAUAAAUUAUCUUUUGUACUCUCUCCACCUCCCU